UGUAGAAAACGUAAUGUCCUGUCACUCGAGUCUUUCCCAUGUUUUUCUCGCUCCCGUCACUGAUCGCACUGUGUAAAACCCCAUACGUUGAAGUUUGGGUUUCGACAGAUCCAUUCUCUAAUUGAAUAAAUCAAAAUUUCGACCAAAAUUCAAAGAUAUCAAAAUCGAAAGUGGAGAGAUCUGCUUCAAUGGUUAAUCCUCGCGCUGCUCCUUUUUUCUCCCUAAUUUUCAUUUUCCUCCUUUUAUUAGGAGAUAGGUCAAAUGGGUCUCCGUUUGGGAAUCGUAAAAGCGGGAAAUCAUCCGUGUUUUCAUUGUUUAACCUGAAGGAGAAGAGUCGAUUCUGGAGUGAAUCCGUUAUACGCCCUGAUUUCGAUGAUUUGGAAUCAUCUAACCCGAGCAAAAUGAGUGCCAUCAACUACACCAAGGCAGGUAAUGUUGCAAAUUAUUUAAAGCUUUUGGAAGUUGACUCCAUGUACCUACCAGUCCCUGUAAAUUUCAUUUUUAUUGGAUUUGAAGGAAAGGGGAACCAAGAAUUUAAGCUAAAUGCUGAAGAAUUAGAGCGUUGGUUCUCUAAAAUUGAUCACAUAUUUGAACAUACAAGGAUUCCGCAAAUUGGAGAAGUCCUAACGCCAUUUUACAAGAUUAGCAUAAAUAGAGAACAACGUCACCAUCUUCCCCUAAUCAGUCACAUCAGUUACAAUUUCUCUGUUCAUGCUAUUCAAAUGGGUGAAAAAGUCACUUCUAUAUUUGAGCGUGCUAUUGAUCUCCUUGGGCGCAGGGAUGAUGUGUCCAAUACCAGGGAUGAUGAAACAGGGCUUUGGCAAGUUGAUAUUGAUAUGAUAGAUGUCCUCUUCACCAGCUUAGUGGAGUAUUUACAGUUGGAAGAUGUGUAUAACAUCUUUAUCUUGAACCCCAAGCGUGAUGCUAAACGAACUAAAUAUGGCUAUCGGUAUCAUGCAGUCAUGUUUUAUUUGAUGUGGGGUGGUGGAUGGUGGGGAUUCUUUGAAGAUUAUUUCACCUACAUCCUCCAAUUUUCCAAAGAAACUAUUGACAGAUUCAUUUUGUUGCUCAAUCUCCUGAUUAUGAAUACCGAGUUGGAGAUGCAUGUAUAUCACUUAGAUGACCAGAUUUGGAGUAAAAAUCAUGAGAAAGCGGAAAGGAAAAGGAGAAGGAUAUUCAUAAUCAUUAAUGGUUGGAGCAUCUGGCCUCUUACCCAUCAAUUCAAACCUCUGUGUCUAAGCCGUUAUAUGAUACUAUUCGCUUUGAAAGAACACGUCCUAUUACGUCUCACAACUUUCGGUUGUGUUUCUCAAAAUUUGAAUCCAGGACAUUUGCCUUAUGAGAGACUUAAGUUGAAUCCUACCCCUUAUGAUUAUAUUUGGACUUUGGCAGCUCAAAGGGAUUUAGGCGCUCUUUUAUUUGUUAUCCAUGACUCUAGAUACUCGUUUGAGGCAGAUUUGAGUAAUAUGUUAUCCUACGUUACUGCCUAUCCCCUUACCACUGUUCACUAUAGAAAUGCCACCCGUGGAGACAGUUUACAUUUUCACACCUUUUUCCAGGAAGUGAGCUCUCCACAAGAAUCCAAGUAUCAUCUACAAAUAGCAAAUGGGAAACCUGUAAGUGACCAACCAAAAGCCCCUUAUCAAACCUUUCCCCACAGCUUUCUCGAACAUUCUACUGAAUGCAUCUAUUACAAUAACAAACAGCAAUGGAGACAAUGGGUCCUCUUGCCUCAAACCUCUACUGCUUCGAAAAUAACCUUUGGGCGGUAUUAUGCUUUCCAGAUAGAAUGGUACAAUAGAUGCAUAGAUGUGUUGAAUCACGUUGAAAGGCUGUAUCAAGGGAAAGACACAGCUGAUAUCAUUCAGAGCAAAGUUCUGCAGUUUUUAAAUGGGAAAAAUGAAGAUUUGAAGCUCUUUCUGGAGAAAGAUUUGAAGUCUGGCGACUUUAGUGGUUUUCAUGCCGAAUGUCUUACGGAUACGUGGAUUGGAAAGAAUAGGUGGGCAUUUAUCGACUUGACUGCUGGGCCUUUUUCAUGGGGACCUGCAGUGGGUGGAGAAGGUGUACGCACAGAACUGAGUCUACCAAAUGUGGAGAAAACAAUAGGUGCAGUUGCAGAAAUUUCAGAAGAUGAAGCUGAAGAUCGCCUGCAAGAGGCUAUUCAGGAGAAGUUUGCAGUGUUCAGUGAUAAAGAUCAUCACGCAGUUGAUAUCCUUCUAGCAGAAAUCGAUAUAUAUGAGCUUUUUGCUUUCAAACACUGUAAGGGAAGAAAGGUCAAGCUCGCUCUUUGUGAAGAGCUUGAUGAGCGCAUGCAAGAUUUGAAAUCUGAGCUGCAGUCGUUUGAGGGGGAGGAAUAUGAUGAAAGUCAUAAGAGAAAAGCCGUAGAUGCAUUGAAACGCAUGGAGAAUUGGAAUUUGUUCACUGAUACUUAUGAGGACUUCCAAAAUUACACGGUUGCACGUGAUACAUUCCUUUCACAUUUAGGGGGAACAUUGUGGGGUUCACUGAGACACAUAGUAUCUCCUUCCCUUGCUGAUGGGGCAUUUCACUAUUAUGAGAAAAUAUCAUUCCAGUUGUUUUUCAUCACAGAAGAGAAAGUUAGACAUGUUAAACAGUUACCUCUUGAUCUGAAAAGUCUCAUGGAUGGGCUUUCCUCCCUGGUGUUACCUUCUCAGAAAGUGAUGUUCAGUCCACACCUGUUGCCACUAUCAGAGGAUCCUGCUUUGGCAAUGGCUUUUUCAGUGGCUCGUAGAGCAGCUGCUGUUCCGUUAUUGCUUGUGAAUGGCACGUAUAGAAAAACUGUACGAUCUUAUCUUGAUUCUUCCAUUCUUCAGCAUCAGCUGCGGAGGUUGAAUGAUCAUGCCUCUUUGAAAGGAUCACAUGCACAUAGCAGGUCUACGCUGGAAAUUCCUAUUUUCUGGUUCAUUCAUGGCGAUGCACUGUUAGUUGACAAGCAUUAUCAGGCAAAGGCACUUUCUGAUAUGGUUAUUGUUGUUCAGUCAGAGCCAUCAUCCUUGGAGAGUCAUCUACAAUGCAAUGGGCGGUCGCUUCUCUGGGACCUGAGGAGGCCUAUAAAAGCUGCACUUGCUGCUGUUUCUGAACAUCUAGCUGGGUUGCUUCCUCUUCAUCUAGUGUACAGUCAAGCACAUGAAACUGCCAUUGAGGACUGGAUAUGGUCAGUAGGUUGCCACCCGCUGUCUAUCACUUCUCAAGGGUGGCAUAAGUCUCAAUUCCAGUCUGAUACCAUUGCUCGGAGCUAUAUACUCACAACUCUUGAGGAAUCAAUACAACUUGUUAAUUCAGCUAUUCAUCUUCUUGUUAUGGAGCGUACAUCGGAACAAACUUUCAAGCUCUUUCAAUCCCAGGAGCGUGAUUUGCUGAACAAAUAUAACUAUGUUGUUAGUCUGUGGAGAAGAAUUUCAACUGUUACUGGGGAACUACGUUAUACUGAUGCCUUGAAACUGCUGUACACUCUAGAGGAUGCAUCCAAAGGAUUUGCAGACUAUGUAAAUUUAACUUUAUCCAGUCUCCGUCCAAUUCACUGCACUAGACGGAGGAAAGUCGAGGUUGAGUUUGAUAUGACCACAAUUCCUGCCUUUUUGGUGGUUGUACUUGUACUCUGGUUUGUAUUAAAGCCAAGAAGACCAAAGCCGAAGAUCAACUGAUUGUUUUUGUUUGGGAUGCUAAUAUUGCAAGACACCUUAGUGCAAAUUUCCCUUCGGCACCCUACGAGAAGAGCAUACAACUUUCUUUAUGUUCUAGUUAUGUACUUCAAAGGAAGCUAAUGUUAUCUUCAGUUACGUGGGAUCAUAGGCGAUUUAGAUCGAAGAUAGUAGUCGGAAUGUUGAGGCCAGAACAAUGUGAAUCUCUAGUCUUUAAUUCCAUUUUCCCAAUUGGUGUAACAACAUUUUCUAGAUUUUGCCAUGUAUCUUGAACAGGUAAAGAUUUGUAUUUUUAUCUGAAAUUCUCAACAUACAGGAAGCCGCAUCUCUUUCAUUUAUGCUGGCUUUCAUGCAUAUUUUUUUUUAUGAAAAUGGAUGAAACUAUUAAGUGCUUAA